ACUGUGCAAAUGGCUAAUAUUAUCAAUAGUGAAUCGAAGGAAUCAACGUUAUCAGUGCCUACGCCAGUGACGAUUAAUACUGAAAUGGAGAACAACAAGAAUUUGUCUUCCCAUGGAAGAACAAAUAAUCCGAGAAGAGAAAGCAAUGGAUUUAAUGCUGUUAUAAAUCACAAGAGAGGACUAUUUGGAGCACUCAUUUCUGGAAUAGGCAGUAAUAUGUCAUUGCCAUCUUGCAUGCCACACGAUCAAGAUUUUUUACAAGGACAACCUCCGAACUUAGGAUUACCUGUUUCACUUCGUACUAAUCAUAAAAAUCUAGAUCAGUAUCGUUCCGAUGACGAACGUCGAAAAUUACAUCGUACGAAUUAUUUACAAUUAACACCUGUUAAUACAGCUUGCGUAUCUUUGACUGCUCUCGACAACGAUAAAGCAAAAGCUCCAAUUUUAAAAGUCACGCAAUCAACCUCGCAGGAUCCGAAAAAUAAAAAUCUAAGUGAUCUGGUAUCCACUGUAAGCAUGCUUUACGCUAAAUUGUUGAUAGUAAUCGGAAUAGCAUUACCAAUAACAGCAAGCAUCACUCAUAAAGUACCAAUAGUAUUAAAUCAGGGUUUUUAUUUAUACCUUUACCUUGGAAGCGUUACUUUCGUGAUCACCAUGUACGCCAGCAUGUUGAAAGACAAAGCUGUAAAAAAGCUGAUAUUGCAGGGCAAAAGACAGGAAGAGACCUUUACCUUUGAUGAAAAGGGUGCACGCGUUCACACUAACCAGGUACAACAACAAUAUGGAAGCUUUUGUCUGAGAUUCGGUGCUGUAGGAUUUGGUGCCGGUUCAUUGGUAUUUACCGGAUUGCAAAUUGGGGCGGAAAUAGCUUCCGGGCCAUUCAGGGCGAUUACACCAGCCGCUAGAUUACUCCUGAUCACAGCUCAGAUGCACUUUAUAUUCCUUAACAGUAAAAAUCUUGAAUUGGCAAGAUUAGGUGCACUCGGUAAAUUAGGUCUUAUGCAUAUGAUAGCAACGAAUCUUUGCGAAUGGCUUCAGGCUCUCAUCGAGGAAACACAUAACGAAAUUGAUCAACUGGGUCACGCAUACGAGGGUGAAGAAGAGAUGCUGAAAUCACUUUUAAGAGAUGCCAGUCCUUUUUUAUUUCCUUGCACGAUCGAAUUCAGUUUGAUAUGUGCGGUAAUACUUUUCGAGAUGUGGAAAAGAACUGACGAAAGAAUCGAAACUAAAGGUAUACGUUCUACCAGAUCUAUGCAUCGACUUAGUAUCGAUUGUACCAGUGCACACAGAGGACUCUUUGGUGGAAUACUCCUAGUAGCAGCUACAAUUUUAAGUUUAAUCAUGUUCUUCGUAUUAAGAGAAACAAAACACAAAAUGGCAAUCGAACAAGUAACAGCCUUAGAAGCUGCGAUCUUAUCAUUGGGUGCAAUAGCUUCGAUAUCCGGUGCUCUGAAAAUUCAACAUUUGAACGAGAAAAAAUGUUCUAAAACACCAAGAUUAGAUUCAACCCUUUUAACAGCUGCCCAAUCUGGUGUUUACUUGCAUUGUCUAUUUGGAAUAGUUGGUAGCUUGUUAACCAUGGGUCCUAUGUGGGUGUUAUCCUUGAUCACAGAUUUUUUAACGUUGAUACAAAGCACCUGUCAAACUUUACUCGUUAAAAUCGCAUGGAAACGACGUUGUACUACUGGAAAAGAAAAACCUGGUAAAGAACUGAUCACGUUUUUAAUAGUUGUGAAUAUAGCAUUGUGGACUGUGAAUACUUUGGAAAAAUCUCGUGCUGGUGUACGUCCAGAUCAUCUUCAUCUGUUUGGUGUCUGGGCUUGGACCAUUAUUACCCAUGUAUCCAUGCCACUUGCUAUCUUCUAUCGUUUCCAUUCAGCUAUUUGUCUAUUCGAAGUAUGGAAAAGUUGUUACAAGUACAGACCGUCUAACGAAAAUUCACGUGCAAUUUGUUAAAAAAUUGCAACUCAAAAAAACAUUAUUUCUACCGCAGUCAUGUGUUAUGUACCCUUAUUUCGAUCAUAAAUUAUCUUUUUAUGUUUUUUAACAAUUAAUAAAAGAAUUUUGACUCUCACACACAUAAGAGGAUAACGAGAAAGUUUAACUGUAUAUGAGUAUAGUAUAUAAGACGAAGUACAUCUAACUAGAUUAAUUAUUGAAAUAUUAUUAAUUAGAAACAAUUAUUUUUUUAAUCGCGAAUCUUUACAAAAUGUAGUCAUGGUAAAUUUAUUUUUUACUGUAUACUAUACAUUGACGUAAAGAACCAAUAGGAGAGAAAAAAAAAAGUAGUAUUUUCUUUAAAACAUAAAGAAAACGUCUACUUUCUUUUGAACACAUUAUCGAGAAUAAAAUAAAGUAAUAAGAAAAGAAACUAUAAUUAAUCUCUAGCACACAUUUUUUCAAGUCCUUUAUAUCAACCAAAGUUCGCGAAGCUUUUAAUAUAAAAUGUCAAAAUAUUAUUACACGAGUUCGAACAAACGCAUUUCCACAAUCCACUCUUUUUCCAUCUACCGAAGGGAUAGAGAUAGACUCUCCUCUUCGAUGACCUUUUCAUAAAAAUUCAUCCAAGCGUAAAAAUAACGAUCCACAAUUUCGAAUAUCGUGUCCACAAAAAUAGAGACGGGAAGGGAAAAAAAAAAAAAAAAAAAAACAUUAGACCCCUUUUGAAAAAAGGAAAAAAAAAGAAACUGAGAAGACUUUAGGAAAAGUGGAGAUGGGUAGGUAGAUGAUGGGUGGGUUGGUGGGUGGGGAGUGGUUUUCAGUAAGGAGAAAAAAAAAAGGAAAAGGGUAUCUCGCGAUGAGAAUGAGAAGAAAAUAGGGAAAGAAGUAUAACAAUAGUUGGAAAUUGACGGAAAGAUUUCUACUAUCCUUCGGUAAGUUUUAUCGAUGUACUCGAAGAAGAAAAAGAAAAGGAAGAAGAAGAAGAAUAAAAAAAGGAAAAGGGACCGAAGGCCGAGGAUAGGGUUGUAAGAGGAGGUUACGAAACGAUGGUUGGGAACGUCGACAUUUUGAUACGGUUUACGCCGUAAACACAUUUCGGUGGCAAUCACGUCACGAAGGGAGCAAGUCGGUGGUCGAAAGGGAAAGGGAGGGAAAGGGAAGAGCAGUAGCCGAUGGUGGAUACCUCGAAGGGAGUAAGAGAGAGAGAGAGAGAGAAAGAGGAAUAGUGUGCUCGGUGAAGAGCUCUUAGGCAACCCUUUGUGUUGCUCCUAGCACCUCUGCCUCUCUGGCCCUGAAGAGGGCGACCCGGGUUCUCGGGCAAAGCCCUCUGAUUUACUUAGCCCAUCGAGUGCUCUCGGACUCCUCCGACCAAGAAUACUGUAUAUGCUACUACUACUACUACUACUAUUACAACUACUACUAUUACUAUAUACUACAAACUAUGCUUCUCGUACCUACUACUGUCCUCCUACUCUAUCAUCAUGCUGAUUUAGACGAAUUUCUACAUCCAAGUCUUCUUCUUUCAUAUAUCUUUUAAACUAACCUACAUAAAUUAACUCUCAUAUUAGUUAUGACUUUCUCU